GCCCAUAUGGACCGUAUAUUUUUUUGGCGGCCCGACAAUGGUUAAGAAACACGGAACUAAAAUAUCAAAAGUAUUUGAGUAUCAAUAUUACAGCAUAAAUAUCUGGUAUCGGUGCUGUCGACAUUUCAGUUUCGACUCGCACAUCACUAAAUAGAAGGAAGCUACAGUUUGCUGUGGCCGAGGUCUUCUCCCUUGAGUGUUGUCUGUUUCGACUAAACUUUUUUUUUUUUGUAGUUUAAAAAAAUAAAGCUAUCCACACCGCUCUUAGGCUUCUUUUAGUGCGCCAAACGUGUCCCAAAAAAGACGAGUUGUGUCGGGCCCGAGCGUCGCGUCGUGUGUUGUGUUGUGUCUCUUUAAGUGCGGUAGGCAGUGCUGUUGGUCCGCGCAGGAGCCGCGCUGCACGCCGCUGCCUCUCCGCAGCUUUGCACUGCCGUCCUUCACUUCGGACGGGGGCCGACGGAGGCUAUAAGCUCAUCCCGCAGACCUGUGUCAAAUCCAACGCCGCGGCGGAACAGAUGCCAGGGGCAGGGGAACAAGGAGGGCGGGCUGCCUGGAGCGGACGGGUGAGCCUGCGGUCCCCACAUGACUUAUUAGUGGCGGGCUCCCAGGGAGCUGCAAGCGGCGAGUCGCGGCACAUCUGCGGCGUGUAGAUUAUUGAAGAGCACUCAGACUGCGCUGGAGCUCAUAACACCGAACUGGGGAAACUAAAGACAAUACGGAAGAACAUGUUGAGUUCUCACAAGAUGUGGAGACCUGCUUCUGACUGGGACGAUUAGUCACGCCAUGAAUCUCUUGGAUCCCCAUGAGGAGCCGACCACUCAAAGGUGAAAGGAUUUCAGCUUGGCCACUAAAUAAAACCCUCUUCCUGCUGCACAGCGUGGGAGAAAGUGCCACGGCGGUGCUGGCAUGGCAUCUCUGUAGGCUGAUAACCGGCGUGAAAGGAGUUGUGAGUGAUCGUCGUGCACUCCUUUUCUUACUGGAUGCACAGAGCGAGCACGCUUGGCUGGUAACAGGACAGGAGCAGACACCCACAUGGACUCUCACAGGUGUAUGUAAGGCUUCUUCGCGCAGCAGAAGUCAUGCCAUUAUCUGGAUGAUCGUAGUCGCAGAUUAACACAUCAAGACUGUCCUUAUUUGAAUUACCUUUUUUUGUCAGCGGGAAGCAGGAAGAGCUGCUGCUGAUUUGUCUGCUGCAUGACAGUUCAUCACUGGGCCCGUGUGCUCCAGUGAGCCAGCAUGGCCAAACCUCUGCUGAAGAUACAGCGUUAUUUCCGCAGGAAGCCCGUCCGCUUCUUUACGCUCAUCCUGCUCUACCUGACCGCCGGAAGCCUCGUCUUCCUGCACGCCGGCUUUGUUGGAGACGGCGGCCCCGGAGGGCGAGGGGGGCGUGACGCCAUCGUAGCCUCAGAGACGGGCGGCCACACCGCGUCGUCAGACAGUCGAGGACUGGGCAUCAUGCGAGUGUUCAAGGAGGCUCACAGGUCUGGGCGAGGCUACGCCCCAAUGUGGAAAAAAAAGACCAGUAUGUCCACAGAGGGCAAAGAUGGAGACUACUCCCACAACUGGAACCGUGCACUGAAGGCCCGCAAUGCUAAAGACAUCGACGACGGAAGAGCAAAAUAUAUCGGCUGCUACGUUGAUGACACACACAAGAGGGCCCUGAAAGGAGUGUCCUUUUUGGACUACAAAAAAAUGACUGCGUUCCGCUGCCAAGACAAUUGUGCAGAGAGAGGCUACAUGUACGCAGGUCUGGAGUUCGGAGCCGAGUGCUACUGCGGUCACAAGAUUCAGGCGGCCAACGCUUCAGAGAGUGAAUGCAACAUGGAGUGUAAAGGAGAGAAGAGCAACAUGUGCGGAGGAGCCAACCGGCUAUCCAUCUAUAGGCUGGAGCUGAGCCACGAGUCGGCACGGCGCUACGGCAGCGCCAUUUUCAAGGGCUGUUUCCACAGGCCGGACAAUGUCACUUUGGCGCUCCCUUUCAGCGUCUCCAUCCAAAACAUGUCCGUUGACAAAUGUGUCGACACGUGCACGGAGAAGGAGAAAUCUCUCGCCGUCCUGGCUGGAGAUCGAUGCCACUGCGGCUUCCCGACCCCCUUCUUCUCCCUCCACGAGCCGGAGGACGAGGGCAUGUGUCUCCACCGCUGCCUCGGCGAGGAGUUUGAAAGCUGCGGCAAUGACGAGUACUUUGUGGUGUACCAGACGCAGGUGCAAGAUAAUCGCUGCAUGGACCGACACUUCCUCCCCACUCGUGCCAAUCAGCUGGUUGCCCUCGCUAGUUUCCCCGGAGCGGGUAAUACCUGGGCUCGCCACCUCAUAGAGCUCGCUACUGGCUUCUAUACCGGCAGCUAUUACUUUGACGGCUCACUCUACAAUAAAGGAUUUAAAGGUGAGCGAGACCACUGGCGGAGCGGGAGGACCAUCUGCAUAAAGACGCAUGAGAGCGGCAAGAAAGAGAUCGAAACUUUUGACUCCGGCAUCCUCAUGAUCCGAAACCCCUACAAGGCUCUGAUGGCUGAGUUCAACCGCAAAUAUGGCGGGCACAUUGGCUUCGCCUCCCAGGCCCACUGGAAAGGAAAAGAGUGGCCCGAGUUUGUGAAGAACUACGCCCCCUGGUGGGCAUCCCACACCUUGGACUGGCUCCAUUACGGGAAGAAGGUCCACGUGGUGCACUUUGAGGUCCUGAAGAGAGACCUGUUCGCCCAGCUGAAGCGCAUGGUCCAGUUUUUGGGCCUGAGGGUUUCCGAGGAGCGUCUGCUCUGCGUGGAGGGCCAGAAGGACGGCAACUUCAAGAGGUCGGGGCUCCGGAAACUGGAGUACGACCCGUACACUCCUGAGAUGCGGGCCGACAUCAACGAACUGAUAAGAGCGGUGGACGCCGCCUUGAGGAAGAGGAACAUGCCUGGCGUCCCGGGUGAAUAUAUGCCCAGAUGAUAUUUGUGAUCCUCAGCCAUAGUGGCUUAUUAUUAGUUGGGAGAAAAUAAUAACGAAUUUAGUUUACAGUAGGGAAGAGAUUCAUAUGGCCUCAUUAAUUCGUUUGCAAUGCAGUCUGCUGAAAAUGAUGGAAAGCGUCACGCUGUGUGCCGCAAAACACGUAUAAGAAUAUUCAGCGCUCUACUGCCGCCUGGUGGCUAAAGAGUAUAGUGCACCCCCCGCAAUUUGUCACGCUUCACGUGUCAGGUAAACCGCGACGAAUGUGGCCGUAUGAAUCCCCUCCCCGCUGUGUGAGACGGCCCUGUUCAUCCUCUUCCGUGCACAAUUAGGCACGUGCACACGCCUUAACACGAAGAGGUGCAUUUCCUACGCUUUUCGAGGGCUCGCUUAUUUUCCCGAAGACGAGGAAGUGAGACGUAAACAUCGUCCGUCGCACAUCCGUUCUCACGCCAGGAAAUACGUGCAAUAUGCAGGCGAGAACUACCUGGUAGCGAUGAUACUGUGUGGAGUUUUUUAUGUCCUCCUCGGCAGGAGGAUUUCCCUUUUUUUUUCAUGAUAAAGUUCUCGGUUCCUUUUUGAGGAAGAUGCCGGCGAGUCCAAAGGGAGACGUAAUUUGUCCUGACAGCGUUUAUUUAUCUCUCACACGUGACCAGUCUACUCUGGAAUAUGUUCUCCUGUCACCGGAUUCAGCGGCGGAAACCCAAAAAGCAUGUGACAGUGCAACACUUUGGCCCAAAGAUUUCUCAAGAGUCCUUCUUUGUGUGCUUUAGUUCUUUUAUAACACUAGACUUCUUUUUUUUGUUGUAUGGUUUUGCUGUGAUAAGGGCAAUGAAAUAGUUAGUUAAGCAAGCUGCAAACAUUCUACUUUUCACAUCAGUGCGUCUCAUCCGUGCUCCAAACACGCACGGACAGCACCUCAGUCAAGGACUGAACACAGUGAUACCUCCUUUUUCAUGAGUCAUUGUCAGGUUCAAACACUGAUGACAUCUAUUAAACACACAAAGAAGCAAGGAAUUAAACAGAGACAUAAUUAAAUUUGGCUCAAUGAGGAGAAACGCGUACACCUGUACCCUUGAACAGUGUUCCACGCUCUGACGAAAGAUUGUACACCUCCUCUUUUAUUUGGACUUUCCCUGAUUACAUGGCAACAGCUGUUUCUAAGGGACGGGGGUCGUAAACAGCCAUCGCCUUUGAUUAAAAACAGUUCAAAGAAAAGGUCGUAAAACAGUUCAAAGAAAAGGUCGCCUGGAGGGGAUUCUGGUCCUGCUUCCUCUCCGCUUUGUAGUUCUCGGGUCAAGACAAAAUCUUGCUGUGGAUUACAAUACAUCAAAGAAACAGAACACCUUCAUGUUGCUUCCCAUCCUACACAGUGGAGUUUUACAAGCCUUCUUCUUGGUAGGAUCAAAGACAGCUUUUGUCUUCUCGCCAGGCACUCAUUGAAACACAAAGUUUUGUGAUAACUUAGAUCCAAUUAUUCUGACAGUUAUCACACAAAACCCCAAAUGGACGUUAUUAACGUUUAUUGGCAAUGAGCAGAGAAGGAAACAUGUCUUCCUUCUUUACUACGACUUUGAAUUCAAUAGUGUUUCUCACUUACUUUAUCAAAGUGCUGGUACUCGCAACUUUAUUUGGCCCCAUAGUGACUUAUUUUGCAGUCUUACCAUGGAGGUUAAUUUGUCUUUUUUAAGAAAGCUUUUUUUUGACACUGAAUUUAUCUAACUGAAAUUUUUGCGUUUUAAUCUUGUGAGCUGAAUUUUUUUCACAUCAAAUUUCAUCGAAUAAAAGUUUACGCGCAAAAUAUUUGUUAAAAAAUUCAGUGUAUAAAAAUUCAGCGUCUGAAAACUGUUUUUAAAAAUUCAGUGUUUUAGAAUUCAGUGUAUAAAAAUUAAGUUUAUAAAAAUUCAGUGUUUUAAAACUCAUUGUUUUAAAAUUCGGUAUAUAAAAAUUCAGUGUAUAAAAAGUCAGCUUCUGAAAAAACUAUGUUUGAAAAUUCACUGUUUUAGAAAUCAAUGUACAAAAUUAAGUUUAUAAAAAUUCUGUGUUUUAUAAGUCAUUGUUUUAAAAUUCUGUGUAUAAAAUUUCAGUGCUGAAAGAUUCGGUGACUGAAAAUUCAGUUGAUAAAAAUGUGGUUUAUGAAACUUCAGUGUUUUAAAACUCACUGUUUUAAAAUUUAGUAUAUAAAGAAUCAGUGUUUAUAUAUUCAGUUUAUAAAAAUUCAGUUUAUACAUAUUCAGUUUAUAGAAAUUCAGUGAAUAAAAAUUCAGUUCUGGAAAUUCCGUUGAAAAAAAAUCUGUAUAUUAAAAAUCAGUGUUUUAAAAUUCAGUGUGUAUAUAUUCAGUUUAUACACCGUGUGUAAAAAUUCAGUGCUGAAAAAUUCAGUAUAUAAAAAUUCAGUGUUUUAAAAUUCAGUGUAUACAUAUAUAUAUUCAGUUUAUAGAAAUUCAGUGAAUACAAAUUCAGUGCUGGAAAUUCAGUUUAUAAAAAUUCAGUAUAUAAUAAAUCAGUGUUUUAAAAUGUAGUAUGUAUAUGUUCAAUUUGUAGAAAUUCUGUGUAUAAAUAUUCAGUGUAUAUAUAUUCAGUUUAUAGAAAUUCAGUGAAUAAAAAUUCAGUUUAUAAAAAUUUGGUGUUUUAAAACUCUGUACUAAAAAAUUCAGUGCAGAAAAUUUCGCUGCUUGAAAAUGCAACACCCACUUUUGGUAAAUUAAGACUGAAGCAAUCGAUCCUGUCUCAACCUCCUGUUUGAGGUGUCAAUUCAGUUCACAAAAUUCAGUUGCAAAAAAUUCAGUUACAUAAAUUCAGUGUCAGAAAAAAGCUUUCGUAUUGAAGACACAAAUGAACCUCCAUAUUAUACUCAAUAAGAAAAACACUUAAUUAGGGCACAGAAUGAUACUCGGGCAAAGGAACUAGUUUGUUAGGUGCACUGAUGACCCGGCAACAAUUACAUUGAUUACAGUCAACUCUGGUUUAUUGCUGUUGAUUGGUUCCGGACAUGACCGCGAUCAAUGAAGUAGGAAUCAUUGAUUAUUAAUCCAACAUUAUCAUAGCUACAGCAUUAAAAAACUGCUUAUGAUUGUCUAAAUACAUUUUUUCACAUUAUGAGAGCCCUUUAGACAUAAAAUAACACCCUUUAAUCACAUUUACACUCUUUAAUCCAAUAUAGUAAUGCUGCUUGAGGCUGAGCCAAUCAGGAGCCAUAAUACUGAACAGUGCUCUCUGACGAGCUUGGUCUCUUCUAGAGGCCAAUACUAUUCUAUCAUUGAUAGUUAAGUUCAUUUGCUCAUUGUUAUGCUUGAAAAUGCUUCAUUUAGGGCGAAAAUGUUGGAGAAUAUGCUUAAAGAAACAGAAGAAGAUCUGCAAUGUGGUGAAGCCGCAAUAUUUGAUAAGAAAAGAUUCGAUAAGAAAAAAGCUUUGAUUUACAUCCUGGUGCUUUGAUUAAUCGUUUAGUGAGUAACUAAUACAACAAUUUGUAAAAAGUAUAAACAUAAGUUUAAAAAAAAAUUAUCAAAUCUGAGGAAUUUAUUUUAAUUUUUUAUAAAUGCACACAUUAAGAAAGAUUUUUUUUUUUACUGAUGAUGAUGUGCAUUUGUUCUUUAAAAAAAAAAAAAAAAAAAAAGCCGUACAAUCGUUGUUUAUUUCAACUGUUUCCCCUAAAAUACGCAAUUAUUAUUAUAUUAUUCGAUUAAUCCAGGGGUCGGCAACCCAACAUGUUGAAAGAGCCGUAUUGGACCAAGAAUACAAAAAACUAUUCUGUCUGGAGCCGCAAAAAAUUAAAAGCCUUAUAUAAGUGUUAUAAUGAAGGCAACACUUUAAGUAAGUGUCUCAGAGGGUGAGAUAACUCCUGGAAAUGACUUGCUUAGAAUGACCAAAGGUAUAGAUGUGUGUGUCCAAGUUAAAGGAAAGGACAGGCUGUCUUCUUCUAAUGGAUUUAUUACAAUCUUUGCAAGCUGGGUAACGUUUGCUGUGGUCUGGAACAACAUGGCACACAAUCAGAAAUGCAGCCAAUAUUACAUACAGAUAAUGUGUCCUGAGAGAUGCAAAUAUAAAUUAAAUACACAGAGGACAUAAGUCAAGGAAAUUAAAUGAGCUCAAAUAUACCCACAAACGAGGCAUAAUGAUGCAAUAUGUACACACAGUUAGCCUAAAUAGUAUGUUAGCAUGGAUUAUUAGCACUCCACGCAAGUCAAUAACAUCAACAAAGCUCACCUUUGUGCAUUCAUGCACAGCAUAAAAAGUUUGGUGGACAAAAUGAGACAAAGAAGGAGUGGCAUGAAACAAGUCUUUCUGUGGCAGCGUAGUAGAAAGUUGUACACGUAAACCAACUACGGUGAGUUCAAGGACCAAAAUUAGUAGGACAAAACGGUGCUGGCCAAAUACUGUCAUCAGUGAAGCAUAAACACAAACAUAUUAAACAGUGGGCUUUCUAAUAAUUAGGAAGGUUUGUCCUUCUAUAGAAACAAUAUUAAAACAACAAAUAUAUUUUCCCACCAUCUUUAAAAAAGCUCCAGGGAGCCACUAGGGCGGUGCUAAAGAGCCGAAUGUGUCUCGCUGACCCCCGGAUUAAUCGAUUAAUUAAUAAAAUAAUCGAUAGCUGCAGCCCUACACCCAAAACUGUGAUUUUAUGGAACAUUUUCGUUGAACAUCGAAUUCUCUAAAAACAGGAAGGUAUGAAAACCGAGGUAACACUGUAAAAAAAAAAAACCUGAUAGAGCCAAGAGACAAUAACAGACUUUCAUUUUUAGGAGACUUUUUGCCGUAUAGCUCUAUUUUUCUAAUGUGUGUUCGCACAUCCAAAUAUUUGUACGAGAAGAAAGGAAUAAUAGACACUGUUUCUAUUUUUGACAGAGGCUUUAAACUUUAUUGGCUCUUGCCGUGGUCGACACUUGAACACAAGUGUCACAUUUGAAUGUAUGGCCAUGGAGAGAAUGUACUGUGAUGAAGCCCAAUAAAUUAGUACAUUGGC